AUGGCGCCCCAGAAAGAAGAGGCGGGCGCCACGGUGGACAUGACCAAGCACACUCCACAGCCACACCACAUUGACCUCCCCUCACCUCACCUCACAUUGAGCGGAGAGUUAAACAUCAGAGCCCUGAUGUUCACGAGUGAUAAUGGACCUCCAUUCCUCAACUCGAAGACCACCCUAUACGACGCAGGGAUUCAUUUGCCUCUCAUUGUCCGUAAGCCAGGCGCAAAAGCUGGAGUAAAAAAUCCGAACAUGGUUUCGUUCAUCGAUGUUUUGCCAACAUUCCUAAGCUGGGCUGGAUUAGAUCAGGAUCUUCGGUUGCCGGGAAGUCAAUCGCCACGGAGGCGAGGUAGAUCGUUCCUGGAGAUCGUAGAGGCUGAAGAUGAAUUGAACGAAGAUCGUUGGCAGCAGGAGAUAUUUGGCUCUCAUACUUUCCACGAGAUGCAGAACUACUGGCCGACGAGAGUACUGCGGACGAAGAGAUACAAGUAUCACCGGAAUGUAGCAUGGCGACUAGACUUCCCCUUUGCAGCAGAUCUCUAUGCCAGUCUGAGCUUUGAUGGCAUCCGAAAAAUGAAGCCAGAGGCUAUGGUAGGAAAGAGAAGUCUGAAGAGCUAUCUCUUUCGUCCAGCUGAGGAGCUUUAUGACCUUGAACGCGACCCCGAGGAGAUUAACAAUCUAGCAAGUGAUGAGAGCCACAAUGCAUUGCUUUUGCGUAUGCGUGAGAAGGUCUCGGAUUGGCAGAAGCUUACCGGUGAUCUAUGGUUGUAUCGAGAUGGCCAGAGCGUGACCGUCUUGACGAGGUAUGCAAAUGAUGGCCUGCAGGUGCCCGAUCGCCUGGACUUUGAUACAGAUGAUCCAGCUGCAGCCGGCAUAUCAGCUACGAAGCAUCUCGACGUUGAUGCAUACUCCAGAGGCAUAGGCAAAUUUAUGCCGACGCGAUAG